AUGGUUAUAUUGGAGAGUUUUUCAAUUACACUAAGUCACUGGGGACGCUGGUCUCAAGUGGUCAUCCCAAAUGAAAAUGCAUUCAAUCCAUACUUCUUGUCAGCUCUAUUGAUUGGGCUUUCAUGCUUCUUUGGAUUCCUCGGGGGAUAUCAACUUCUUGUUAUGAAAAGACGGAAAACACAUGGAAAGUACUUGAAUAUCAAGAGCGAAGGGUUUUAUCAUAUUCUUAGAUUGGGGUUAGUUACUUUGCAAGGGUUUCUUACAGCGAUCUUAUGUUAUUAUCAAGCUACCCAGAAUACCAAAGACUUUGCCAAUUUAUCGACAGUUGGAUUGGCGUGUUCAUUCACUCUUAUAGUAUUUGUGUUGUUGCCUCUUCAUAUCAUCGAAGUUCAUAAAUCCAUCUGGCAGCUUGCCACUCCAUUACUAUAUUGGGUCUUGAAUCCAUUUAUGUUGCUGGCUGGAUUAUAUCAAAACAACUACACUGACUAUUCAAUGUCUCCGAACCUGACUUUCAACAAAAUCGAAAUAUUGUUAUUCAUUAAUUCAGUUUUCGUUGCUCUAAUGGAAGCAGUAUUUUGGAAAAGGGCCCACGAGUUUACAUAUGAUUUGAAACUCAAUGGAGUUAAUGACAGCUCAAUUUUUUACAGUAACGUAUUGGCAAGAGUUUCUUACACUAAUCUCAACCAUUUAGUGAGCAAGUGCUACAAAACUGGUAAGGUAGAAUUUGAAGAUUUACCUGAUGUCGGUGAAAACUUGAAAGUUGAAAAUUGUGCUAAAAAGGUCAAGGAAUUUUUGGAAAAGGAUCCUAGUUUACUCAAAGCAUUGGUCAAGGCGUUUAAAUCAAAUAUUGUGCUAUGCGUCUUUUUUUCAUCCAGUUGGGCCGUCAGUGUUUUUGCUCACCCAUGGUUACUUCAACAACUCUUGUCAAUUUUCACCGGGUCUGCUGAGGAUAAAUCAUCCCAGAUAUUAUAUGGGUUCUUGAUCUGUGUCUCCAUGAUGGUUAUGGCUUUUGUGGGGUUGAUCUUGUUCAAUGAAUGUUAUAACUAUUCUUUUCAACUUGGUUAUCAAGUGUCUCUUAGUUUGUCAUUUUUGAUUUACGAAAAGUCUUUGAAGUUAUCUACCAAGUCUCGUGGCGAAAGAACUACCGGUGACAUUGUCAACUUGAUUUCUGUGGAUGUUACUAAAGUCAUGCAGCUGCUUCGUCAGUCUUUCAUGUUGAUCAGUGGUCCAUUCCAAAUUUUGAUCAGUAUUGGCUUCCUUUACAGAUUAGUAGGUUGGUCCUCCUUUUUCGGGAUUUUGGUUAUUAUUUCUGCCACCCCUGGAAACAUUUAUAUCAUUAGACGUUAUGAGGUUGUUUCAGAUAAUAUUAUGAAGUUCAAGGACAUGAGAACAAAGGCGGUUAGUGAGUUAUUGAACUCCAUAAAAUCCAUCAAAUUAUAUUCAUGGGAGAAGCCAAUGAGUGAAAAAAUAUCACAUAUCAGAAACAAAAAGGAAUUGAAAGAAAUCAAAAUUAUGGGCAUCAUCAACAGUUUGGCCUUUUUUUCUUUUGGAUGUGUUCCAUACUUUACGUCUUGCGCGACUUUUGCAGCAUUUUCACUUAUUUCUGGGCAAAAAUUGACUUCAGAGUUGGUUUUCCCCUGUUUAAAUGUUUUUGAUUUGUUGGCUGCUCCUUUGCUAGAUUUCCCGGAUAUUUUGAGUAUAUUUAUUGAAGCUAAGGUCUCAUUAAAGAGAAUCAUUGACUUCUUAGAUUCUGAUGAAUUAGAUCAAUCCCUUGUCCAGAAAUUGAAUGAAGUGAAAACCAAUGGUGAUACUUCAGUGGAAAUCAAUAAUGCCACAUUCUUGAGAUCAGAAUUCAAGAAAACCAGGACAAUUGAUGAGCAUGUCGAUAAUAAUUCUGUGCACACUGAAAGUAUUGUUGAAUCGGCGCCAGUGAUUGCGUUAUCUAAUAUUAAUUUUGCUGCCAAGAAGGGCCAACUCACUUGUAUUGUUGGUAGUGUUGGAUCUGGUAAAUCUACCUUUCUACAUUCUCUUCUUGGUCAAUUCCCAAUGGUUUCCGGUGGCGCUUCUAAUGUUCCUCCAAGUUUGCACGUUCGUGGUAAGAUCACUUAUUGCUCUCAACAUCCAUGGACUAUGAACGCUUCAAUCAAGAAAAACAUUCUUUUUGGUCACAAAUACGAUCCUGAAUUUUUUGAAAAGACCAUCGAAGCCUGUCAAUUGAAAUCUGACUUUGAGAUUUUACCUGAUGGCGAGGAAACACAAGUUGGUGAAAGAGGUAUUUCUUUAUCGGGUGGUCAAAAAGCCCGUGUUUCUUUAGCCAGAGCAGUCUAUGCGAGAGCUGAUAUUUAUUUACUUGAUGAUGUUCUCAGUGCGGUUGAUGCACACGUUAGCAAAAAUAUCAUUGAACAAGUAUUCAGUAAAAACGGUAUUUUGGCCUCAAAGACUUUGAUUUUAUCUACCAAUAAUAUUCAUGUUCUCGAGGAAGCUGACAACAUUUACGUUUUAGAUCAUGGGAAAAUUGAUGAACAAGGUACUUAUGAUGAAUUGAUUAAGAAUAAAGGAGAAUUUGCCAAAUUGAUUGAAGAAUUUGGAAAUGCUAAAGCCGAAGAAGAAAAAGAAGAAAAAGAAAAAGAAGAAUGUCAGAAAGUAGAACUCACUAACAUUGCUGAGGUUGUCGAAGAUGAUGACUCAGAUGUUGUUGUUGAGAUUGAAGAAAGUGGUCUUGAAUUAUCAAGAAUCCCUACUAGAGCUACGAUUAGAAGAGCCUCCAUGGCAGCUUUUGAACACAGGUUCCAUGCUGAUAAUGAAAAGACUGAGGGCAAGAUUACUGGUCAAACCAAAGAAAUUUCAAAAACUGGGGGUGUUGGAUGGUCGACUUAUAAAAGAGCUGCCAAGGCUGCUGGAUAUUGGAAUGUGAUCAUCACAGCUUGUUUUCUUGCUAUUAGUAUUAUAGCUGAAUUUUGUGGGAAGCUAUGGAUGAAGCAUUGGGCGGAUACGAUGGAUUUAUCUACUGAUGAUGACGCUUCUUCAUCUUCUACAUCUUACUUGGUCUCUGUCUAUUGUAUUAUUGGAGUUGUGAGUGCUACGUUCUCAUUAGUUUCCGGAAUUGCAUUCUGGUACUUUUCUUGUGCAACUGCUUCAAAGGUUCUUCAUCAAGACUUGGUAUCGGCAAUAAUCAAGUCGCCAAUGUCCUUCUUUGAAACUACCCCAACUGGAAGAAUUUUGAAUAGAUUUUCUGAAGAUAUUAGCAAAUUCGACACACAAUUCCCUCAUGCUGUUUAUGUGUUUGGAAUCGUUGUCUUGAAAUCUGCCUACUGUUUAGGCAUGAUCGUUUUCUCACUACCAACUAGUAUUUUUGCGUUAGCGGGUUUGGGUUAUAUUUUCUAUUAUAUCCAAGUGUACUAUAUUGUUGCUUCUAGAGAAACUAAGAGAUUUGAUAGUGUUACCAAAAGUCCUGUGUAUUCCCAUGUCCAUGAAUCUUUGGUUGGGGUCGAUACUAUUAGGGCAUUUGGUCAGGAGUCCAGGUUUGAGUUUAUCAACUCAUCCAAUUUGAACCAUAACUUAGCUGGAGGAAUUGCUCUGGUGUGGAUGACUAGAUGGUUGGGUUUCCGUUUGAAGAGUGUGAGUGCAAUUCUCGUGUUCAUUAUCUGUUUUCUUUGUGUUGCGAGUCUUGCGACAUCUACACCAUUUAGUGCUGGUGUGGUAGGUAUUUUGACCUUGUUCAUCUUGCAAGUCACUGACGAGUUCAUCUGGCUUGUUAGAAUGGGGGUUGAAGUUGAGAAUUCCGGGGUUAGUAUUGAAAGAAUAUUAGAGUAUUGUGAUCUACCAAGCGAACGACCAUAUGUUAUUGAGAAUUCUAGACCUCCAAUCCAAUGGCCUAUGAAUGGUGGCAUCAAAUUUCAAAACUACACCACAAAAUAUAAUGCCGAGGCUAAGCCUGUUUUGAAUAAUGUUUCUUUCGAAGUGAAACCUCAAGAAAAGGUUGGUAUUGUUGGAAGAACCGGUGCUGGUAAAAGUACUUUGACUUUAGCACUAUUUAGAAUUAUCGAAGCCACUGGUGGAUCGAUCAUCGUUGAUGGUGUGGAUACUUCGAAGAUGGGUUUGUACGACUUGAGAAGUAAAUUGAAUAUCAUUCCUCAAGAUUCCCAGGCUUUUGAAGGUACAGUGAGACAGAACUUGGAUCCAUUUUACAAAUACAAGGAUGAAGAAUUGUGGAAGGUUUUGGAAAUGGCGCAUUUGAAAAACCAUGUUAUGUCAAUGAAGGAUGAUGAGAGUAAGAAGGACAAUCAAGAGCAAGGAGAUUCCUCCGAUAUCCAAGAAGGGGCAGGUAAAGGUCUUUACGCUAAAGUUAAUGAAGGUGGUUCCAAUUUAUCUGCUGGUCAGAAGCAGUUACUUUGCUUGGCUAGAGCUUUAUUAAAUCCAUCAAGAAUUUUGAUUUUGGAUGAAGCAACUGCCGCAGUUGAUGUCAAGACCGAUAAAAUUGUCCAAGAAACCAUCAGAAAUAAGUUUAAUGACAGAACGAUUUUGACUAUUGCCCAUAGAAUAGACACCAUCAUGGAUAAUGAUAAAAUUUUGGUGUUGGAUAGAGGUGAAGUGAAAGAGUUUGAUAGUCCUGCCAACUUGCUCAAGAACAAAGACUCACUUUUCUAUAGCCUUUGUGAGAGUGGUGGAUACCUUAAGCAAUAG